AUGAAUAUUCUGAUAACAUAUUUUUGUUGUAUAAUUUUAUCAACAAUUCAACAGUCUCAUUCUGCAUCAAUAGUUAGUAUCCCAUUAUAUCACAAAGGAAUUCAGCAUCCUCAGAAAGAAGCAUCAACAGAUAUAUACCCAAUAGAUAAUGCAUAUGCAAUAUUCUUAUGGAUUGGUACUCCAGUACAAGUUGUACUUGUUAUGGUAGACACAGGAAGCCCAAUUUCAUGGUCACAGUGUGAUCCAUGUAAAAGUUGUUACCCCAUGCAACGUCCAGCGUAUAAUACUAGAGCAUCUAGUACUUUUAGAGAAGUUGGUAGUUACUCAGAUACAUGUUUGAUCCCAAUGAUGAGGGAAGUUUUUGGAAACAGCACUGGAUGGACAUGUAGAUACAACGUGAAGUAUGGUUAUGGUUCUACUACGAGCCAUGAAUCUCAUUCCUUUGGUCUAAUGGUGACUGAUACGCUUAACCUUCAACAUUCCAGUACAGAGGUUAAGAAUUUCAUCAUAGGUUGUGGAGAUUCAUAUGAGGGUCCAUAUAGGACUCAAUUCUCAGGUGUUUUGGGUUUAGGACGCGGUCCUCUUUCGAUUCAGAGUCAACUCAAAGCCAAGGCGUUUUCUUUUUGUCUGGUGAGUCAAGGAUCGGAGAACCCUUCAUCUCUUGAGUUUUAUGAUACUCCACCGGAAAUGGACCAACGUGGUUCCACUUCCAUUAUGGUUGCAUUGACGGAGAACAGUGGAUACCCUUUUCAUUACUUUUUGCAAUUUGUUGGUAUAGGCGUUGAUGGGUUUAUGUUGGAUAUUCAAUCUAGAGUUUGGGGUUAUGGUUUGAACUAUGAUGGUGGGGUUAUUAUAGAUAUAGGAACAAUGAUAACUUAUUUACCAAGUGAAGCUUAUAGUGUGUUCAGAUCAGAGAUACUUCGAACCGAUCACAAUCGUACAGCGAGGUCGGGGUAUGAGGGGUUAGAAUUUUGUUACAAAGAUGAAUCAUCUAAUGUGUUUCCUACUAUUGAGUUUCACUUUGAAAAUGGAAAUAUUGCAGGUCAAAAUUUUGUGUCUUACAAGUUGAACAACAAGCAGUUACUCUUCACACCAGAAGAAGGCACUGUUUGUCUAUCAUUUGCAGAAGGAAAGAGUUCUGCUCUCACAGUGAUUGGUAGUAACCAACUCCAAGGAACUUUGUUGACGUAUGAUCUUGUCAAUCAGGUCCUUGUUCUUACAUUCGAUAAGUGUUAA